UAGAUAUAAUAACAACCGCACAGGAAGAAACAUCCGUGGUUGACAACUCAUCGAAAUCGAUCUUCUUUUACGUGUAGAAUUCUUUUCAAGUGUCAUUAAGUAAGUAAGUUCAAUGGCUGCAAAUGGAAGAGGCAAUAUGCGACCCGCGGGUCGAUCCCCUCCAUUCCUUGCUAUCGGUUUAUUCGUUGCAUUGGUGAUUUUAGGCUUUAAUUACUGGAGCUUAUCUUCCCGAAAUGGCGAACAAGCAAAUGAAAUUGUCUUACUUGAGAGUGAACUUCGUUUAGUAAAUGCUAAGAAAACGUCUGCUGAAAAAAGAAGUGAGGCAAUAUCUGAUAAAGUAUCUGAACUAGAGACUCAGAUGAAUUCUCAAAAGGAGAUUAUUGCUAAAGCUGAAGCUGACCGUGCAAAUCUAGAAAAAGAAAAACAGGCAUCUAUAGAACGAAAUAUGGAACUAGAGAAUGAAGUACGAGGUGUCAGGGACCAACAGCUUCCUGCAUGUGAAACAGAUAAGAAAAAUCUCCAACAAGAAGUGGAGCAGUUGCGAGCUGACAUAGAGGUUCAUAAAAAUAGAGAAUGUGGCAGAAGUGAUUGUGACAGAUUUAUUAACAAGGAGAGAGAUGGUUUAAUUGAGGACAUGUACAAAGUUGUAGGUGCUCUGCCCCUCAUCAGUAUGUAUAAAGCCAACAUCAAUUUAGGAAGCUACCAAGAUCAGAUUUCACGUUUAGCUUCACAGAUGGAUCAAGAUGCAUUGAAGAAGCAGGAUCAGCAACAACAACAACAACAACAGCAGCAGCAAGCUUUGGACCCUCAACAACAACAACAACAACCAGUAGAUACACAGCAACAACAGUCAUUGGAUCAGCAACAACCACAACAGCCAAGUGACACUCAACAACAACAACAACAACAAAAUCCAUCGGUAGAUGGACAGCAACAACAAGCACCUGUUGACACUUUACAACAACAACAACAUGGACAAGUUGACACCAUGCAGCAACAACAACAGGGACUAGAUGACACCAUGCAGCAGCAACAUCAACAGGGACCAGUUGACACCAUGCAACAACAAGCACCUUCUGACAACCAACAACAAACUCCAGUAGAUGUUCAGCAGCAACAGGAAGCACCUGUUGACCAGCAACAGCAGCAACCAUACGAUCAACAAGCACAAGCAGCUGAUACAAAUGUCCAGACAGAUGACCUAAACCAGCAGCCAGGGGUUGGACCUGCUCCUAUCAUGAACCAGGAUCCAUCUGUAGAUGAAACCAAGAAAGAUGCCAGUAAUGUCAAUGACCCAGAUAAUGUAAAAGCACUGGAUGCAGACAGAUUACAAAAUGCUGAACAGGGUGAAGCUAACACAACAACAGCAGAUGCCGCAGGAACGAAAACAACAACCAAGGGCACAUUAGGGACAACUACAAAACCUGGUAUUAAGAAUGAUAAUUCCCAAAUUCCUUUGAAUGUGGCAGUAGAUCCUGGGCAAUCCACUGAUACUAAUAUACCCGUUCAACCUCAUAUUGGUGAUGACAAAACUCCAGCUGGUGAUGGUAUAUUGGGAAACGAUGGUAAGGAAGAUGGUGACUAUGACGAUGAUGAAGACGCCAAUGCUGACAGGAACGCAGCUGAUGACGACGAUACCUUGAGAGUGAACAAGGAUGGCCAGGAAUACAAUUAUGACGAUGGUGAUGAUGAUGAUAACGAUGGUGACUACGACUAUGAUAAACAUAACUAGUGGUACAAGAAAACUGAUGAUUUGAAGAAGGACGAGAACGGAAUAGAUACAAUGUUCCAGAAUGAUCAACGGGCGGCACAAAACCCAUAAACAUCCUAUCAACACACUGUGAUCUACAAUGAUGCAUCGACUUUCAUCUACUAUCAUCUCAUCAAUAUCUGGGAUAAUUAUGUUAUGUACAAUUUUCAUGUUACACUUGCCCCCCACCCACUUUUUUUUAAACAAGGUCUCGGUUGAAUAUAAAGAUUACUUGUAAAUUUUUGUUGUUGUUGUAUUAAAUUGUAUGAGAAUUUUUUAAUAUUUGAUACAUCAUGUUAAAUGUUUAUAUACCAUGUUACAUGGUUUCUUUAUAUGAUGAUAUGUCCUAUGACCUCUUUCUAUGAAUGUGUCACAUGACUCUUCCCAAGUAUGUCAUGUGACAUGAAUAGUUCUUUUUGUGUGUCACAUGACUUUCAAAGUAUGUCAUGUGACAUGACUCUUCCCUAGUAUGUCAUGUGACAUGAAUUGUUCCUUUAAUCACAUUAUAUAACAUUUCUCUUAAUCAUAUUGUUUCAUACUUUUUCCAUAAAGGUUAUGUGAUAUAAUUUAUAUCUUAUGAUCAUGUCACAUGGCUUGUUUCUAUAAUCAUGUCGAAGUUAGUAAUUUUGAUCUUGUCAAAUUUAUGUUUUUAGGAUUAUGUUAAAGUUUUGGGUUUUUAGGAUUUUUAGAUCACAAUGCAUUAUUUUGAAUCUGUAUCAUUUGAUAUGACAUUUUCAUGUGGUUUUUUAUCAUAAUGUUACUUUCAAUAAUCAUGUCACAUGUUUGUUUUCCUACCAUUUAUUUUGUUACAAACUAUAUUUGAAAGUUAAAUUGAUCAAAGUAAAAGACAUUAUUUUGUUAAACAAGUAAUGUUGAAAUAGGAUACCCAUUUCUAUCCAAUUCUCUUUCUGUCUUAUGUCCUGAUGCACAAGUUAUUAUGCACAAAACUUAAAGUCUGUUUCUGUUGUCAAAAAAUCUGUAGUGGAUUAUUUUAUGGGGGAUUAAUUUUGUUUGUAAAUAGGGGAGUCAAUUUUAUUAUCAAUUUGGGUUUAUUUAUUCUUUUUUACUUGAUAAAGACUUGGAAAAAAAACACAUGUGUUCAUAUUGCAGAUUUAAUCAUUAAUUUGGGGCUUGUGCAAAAUGUUUAUUACUAACAAAAGAUAAAAAGAGAUAGUAUUGUUUCGCAUCCAAUACUCAAAAUAAUUGACACCAUACCAUAUUAAUGGAUUAAAGAUAUUAAAUGUUGCAUUAUGGGUUAUAGAUAUUGCAGUUGAAAUCAUGAUAUGAAUUCCUCUAGGUUGAGCAAUUUUGUAAAUGAUAUUGACCUCAUAUGUUGUAUACAUUGUACCAUCACUUUAGUGCAAUAACUGAUUAACUGCUAUUAAAUUUAGAAGGACUUAUUACGUUAUUGCACUAAGGUGACUGUAAGUUUUGUCGUGAAGAAAUCCUCAUUAUUCCAGCGCAUCUUGACUGUGUUACAUUUAAUUCAAAAUGAAUAGGGUUGCAUUUAUGAAACAUAUUUAAGGUGAAACAUGUUUCAUUUUUUUGUUGUUUUGUGUGAAUUUUUAAUUGUUAAAAUUUGAAGUUUCUAAAACUUAUGUAUAUUAAUGUUAAAUCUGAAAUACAUGUAUUGUUUACUGUACAGAUGUUGGAUGCUUUAAGGACUUUGUUCAAAUUGUUAA